GUCUGUUUGAGUUUAAUGUCUGCUUCCUCUUGUUUAUCAUAUUUGUUGUGCACAGAGCCCCACUCUCACCACGGAGAAGAAGAUCAUGGACACUCGCACGCAAGUGAGGAGUCACAUGACCACGGCCACUCCCACGGAGCCGCCCACGAUCACAUGAUGUCAGUGGGUCUGUGGGUUCUCGGUAGGAUCAUCGCCUUCCUGGUUGUGGAGAAGUUUGUGCGGGCCCUGAAGGGAGGCAGCAGCCACGGACAUUCCCACGGCCACUCGCAUGGUACGGCGCUGGAACUCCUUCCUUAUGACCUUAUAAGGAUUUCAGCUCAGGGGUCCCUGGCCUAAAAGACGUUGAAGACCCCUUCAACGUGACCUUAAUUCUCCUUUCUCUCCACUGACACAGACAUCAAGGUGUCGGGCUACCUGAACCUGGCAGCCGACUUCACGCACAAUUUUACCGACGGCCUGGCGAUCGGAGCGUCGUUCAUGGUCAGCCCAACGGUUGGCGCCGUCACCACGCUCACCAUCCUGCUGCACGAGGUCCCGCAUGAGAUCGGAGACUUUGCCAUCCUUGUCCAGUCUGGCUGCACCAAAAAAAAGGCCAUGUGUCUCCAGUUGCUGACUGCCCUGGGAGCUCUGGCCGGCACAGCUUGCUCCCUAUUGGCCGAGGGCGUGGGCGCUGCGGCGACCGCCUGGAUCCUGCCGUUCACGGCCGGCGGCUUCGUUUACAUCGCCACAGUCACCGUUCUGCCAGAACUGCUGGCGGGCCGCUCCAGCUUCGGCCAGUCUCUGAUGGAGAUUCUGGCGCUGCUGUUCGGAGUCGGCAUGAUGGUGCUGAUCGCCGAGUACGAGUGAGACUCCGCCGAGUGGACAGAGAGGGGGGAAAAGGUCAAACGGUUGGAAAAAAAAACAAAAAAAAAAUGCUGGUUUUAAAGUAGAGUUCAAGUGGAUUAUUGUUUGUCAGGGGUGUGUCUUCUUUCCUUUUUUUUUUUUUUUUUAUUAAUUAUGUUUUGGGACAAAAUCCACCCCCUGAUGGCGAAUGGAUGAUUUUUGUUGUCUGUUCACUGUUACAUCCCUAAUUUUUUUUUCGUGUUACUGUCUCUUUUCGGCUUCUUAAAAAACUUCAGCGGGACAGACUGAGAGCUGGAAACCUUUCCUGAUGGGGAAAGGUUUUUUUGAGGACUGCUGUGUUGUUCAUUAA